GUCAUAGCAUUUGUUUUGAUAUCCAGUAGAAAUCUUAAGUAAUAAUUUGUGUUACUCCUGCUGUAAUUCUUUUUGGCUGGAUUUAUAUAUAGUCGCUUCUAUUCAAGCUCUUUUAAGUACUUUUUAGUAUGUAUACGAAAUAAAAGUUGCAUUCUUCUCGUGGAGAUUUAACCAUUGUAUGAAUAAUAUAAAUUGUGUAUGUUAAUGUAUGUAAUCUAUAAAAUACUUUCGUACAUUGGGAAUUCUUAGGUUAAGGUCUAAGAAUAAAUAAGCCGCACGGAAAAUUAAUUUUCUUGAGUUAUUAAAUAACUGCUUUAGGAAUGUUAGGAAUACGAACAAUUACUGUAAUAGGUGCUGCUGUAUCUUUAAAGCUAUUACCACAAACUGUUCUUUUACAUAAAUACAGGCAAUUUCGAGCCAGAUAUGGUUAUGAUAGCAACGAAGUGCCAGUUCAGGAGGAUAUUAAAGAGAGAUUUGAGCAAGUACUGGAUGACAUGUCUCUACCUCAAGAUAAAAGAGAAAAGAUUCAACUCUUUAAUGUUUACGACAUAGACACAUUCCACGCCGGAGCAUUUUGGUCAAAGUACGGUGGUUUAAUUGGGGUCCCAGCGAACUUUGAGUACACGGAUCCUGAAAAUGUAACUGACCGAACGAUAUCCUUCCAAAAUGUACAAUACGUUUAUGACAUAGACGCUGGGAGACAGUUUCGAACGUCUUUGGUCCUCUCGGAGAACGCACAGAAAUUUGCAAUAGCCCGGAAGGUAUUUGCGCUUUCGGAGUAUGAUUUGGUUUUCAAGGCAAUGAACAUAUUUACAGACGUUUGGAUCGGGCUAACGGCUUACAGUAUUAUUAGCAAGCGAUCUAAGACUAUUAAAAAAGAAAAACAUCUAAAGUUCAUUUUGAUGGGAGUCAUUGCCGUCGCGGUCUAUGUCAUGUGGCUCUUUUCAAGGGAUGCUUUGGACGAUCAGAGAGAAGUUUCAAUCAAUAAAAAGAUAAUUGAACUUGGUCCCAAGUACGUCGAAGGCGGUGUCGAAUAUUAUGAGAAGUUGUCGAGCAGGAACAAAGCUCUGAGAAUUCUUUUAGGACGUAAAGGCACAUAUCUAUUUAAAAAUAAUGGUAACGAAACCUCUUGGUUCCAUAAAAAACGAUCGACAAUUACGAAUCAAAUAGAAUUCUUUAACAUAAAAUUGCGAAGUCUCCAAGUAGCGUGAAUCCUGUGAAACUGAAACGAUGAUAAUAAAAUUGUUAAUAGAUUCACUCUCA